GCUCAUCCAGCAAGACACAAACCAACAAAAAACCCAAACAACAAUCAAAAUGUUCAAACUCGCUGCUGUCUGCUUCUUCGCUGCUUUGGCUGUGGCUUCGGCCAAGCCUGGUCUGCUGGCUGCCGCUCCUCUGGCCUACACCGCUCCAGCUGUGGUGGGCAGCGCCGCCUAUGUGGCACCUUAUGCCUCCAGCUACACUGCCCACUCGGUGGCACAUAGCGCUGCCUUCCCGGCUGCCUACACCGCUCCCAUUGCUGCCGCUUACACCGCGCCUGUUGCCGCUCCGUUUGCCGCUGCCUACACCGCUCCAGUGGCACGUCUGGCCUCGCCCUACGCCGCUGCCUACACUGCACCGUUCGCCUCGCCCUAUGCCGCUGCCUACACCUCUCCCUUGGCCUACAGCUCGCCCUAUGUGGCCCGUCCAUAUGCCGCCGCCCCGCUGCUGCUGAAGAAGUAAUUCCGCAAUCCCCCGAACACCCGAAAUGGUGCACCAUGAUCGUACUUCUCAUGGUUUUGGCACUCAUUUUCCAUUCUGCACCUUGUGAUUUUGUUUUGUGAAGUAAACGUUUAAGAAUCAAUGG